AUGAGUGAGGAAAACGACCCUUUACUUUCUGCCCUCAAUGAGGAAGGAGGGGCAGGAAAUAGUGAGGAAGCAAAUAAGAGCAAUGGAAAUGAAGAUGGCAACACUAGUAAUAAAGAUAGUGGCGAUGAUGGUGAUAGUAACAACGAGAAGGCAAAAAAAGAACAGGUGGCACCAGUUGAUGAAGAAAGGGAGAGAGCAUUGGCAGCAUUGAAGAGCAAACUUAUAGAACACGUCCAAUGGGAGUCGAGGCUCAAGGAGUUGAGGAUGGGGAUCAAAGAUCAGGAAAAAGAGUUUCAAAAGACUGAAAACGACAUCAAGGCACUACAGAGCAUUGGCCAGAUCAUAGGCGAGGUUCUCAAGGAGCUGGACCGUGAUAGGUUCAUUGUGAAAGCCUCUUCAGGUCCCAGGUACAUUGUUGGUUGCCGUUCGACGAUCAACAGGAAAAAACUGGUGAAAGGUGUCCGUGUUGCCCUUGAUAUGACAACUUUAACCAUUAUGCGGAUUCUCCCAAGGGAGGUGGACCCUUCUGUGUACAGUAUGACGACAUUCAACCCCGGUGAGAUGUCGUUUGGGCAGAUUGGAGGUCUUUCCGAGCAGAUUAGAGAACUUCGUGAGGUGAUUGAGUUGCCUUUGAAGAAUCCUGAGCUUUUCCAGCGGGUGGGAAUCAAGCAGCCCAAGGGAGUCUUGCUCUACGGACCACCGGGAACGGGAAAAACGCUUUUGGCCAAAGCCGUUGCCGCCACCAUUGGUGCAAACUUCAUUUUUUCUCCUGCUUCUGGAAUUGUGGACAAAUACAUCGGAGAGUCGGCUAGAUUGGUCCGUGAGAUGUUCAGCUAUGCCAAGGAGCACGAGCCAUGCAUUAUCUUCAUGGAUGAGAUCGAUGCCAUCGGAGGAAGGCGUUUUUCCGAAGGUACGUCGGCCGACAGGGAAAUUCAGCGUACUUUGAUGGAGUUAUUGAACCAAAUGGAUGGUUUUGAUGCUUUGGGACAGACCAAAGUCAUCAUGGCUACCAACAGGCCGGACACUUUGGACCCGGCCUUGCUCAGAGCAGGAAGAUUGGAUAGGAAAAUCGAAGUUCCGCUUCCAAACGAGGCGGGCAGGCUUGAAAUCUUCAAGAUUCACAUGUCGAAGGUCCAAAAGAAGGGAGAAAUCGAACUUGAGACCUUGGUGAGGAUGAGUGAUGGUUUUAACGGUGCUGAUAUCCGAAACACGAUUACUGAAGCUGGAUUUUUCGCCAUUAGGGAGGACAGAGACUACAUAAUUCAGAGUGACAUGCUAAAGGCCGUGAGGAAGAUGGUUGACAACAAGAAGCUUGAGGGAAGGCUAGAGUACGAGAAGCUAUGA